AUGAGGUUGAGGUUGGAGUGAAAGCAGGGCUGAGGGAUGUUUUGUGCUGGAUGAGAAAUCAUCACCCAAACAGUAGCAUCAGAUUCAAAAGACUGGGGGGGAAUAAAAUCUAGUACGUCAGAAUAUGUACGGUGGGCAGCACGGUCGCCUCACAGCAAGAAGGUUCUGGGUUCGAGCCCCGUGGCCGGCGAGGGCCUUUCUGUGUGGAGUUUGCAUGUUCUCCCCGUGUCUGCGUGGGUUUCCUCCGGGUGCUCCGGUUUCCCCCACAGUCCAAAGACGUGCAGUUAGGUUAACGUGGGGCGGCCUUGAGCUGAGGUGCCCUUGAGCGAGGUACCGAACCCCUGACUGCUCCCCGGGCGCUCUGGUGUGGCUGCCCACUGCUCUGGGUGUGUGUGUGUGUGUUUUCACUGUUUCAGAUGGGUUAAAUGCAGAGGAUGAAUUUCACUGUGCUUGAAGUGUGUAUGUGACGAAUAAAUAAAGGUUUCUUCUUCUAAAAAAGAAUAUAGUUUAUAAAAAUACUGGUGAUACCUUGGAUGCUUUCUUUUUUUUUUUUUAAACUUAGUUUUUAUUUCAGUUUCAUUCAAAAACAUAUAUACAGAAUCAUCAUAACUGCUGUUUUUUAAUACACAUGGUAACAACUAUGAUACAGCAAGGGAGACGGAGACUAUAAUGACAAAGAAAAAUAUAAAACAAAAUAGAAUAAAACAAAAUAAGAUAAAUAAAUUAAUAAUACAGAUCGGAUUGAUAUUGUAUGGGUUCCACACUAUAACAGUAAACCCAUGGCAGGGCUCCAACUUCUAGUGAAUAUAUCUUUUUGAAGUCUCAGGGAAGAUAUUAUUUGUUCCAUUUGAUAUAUUUCCUUUAUUUUUUCCAUCCACAUGUUGUAUGUUGGAAGGUCAGGCUUCAACCACCUUACUGUAAUGCAUUUAAUUGCUGUUGCUCGCAGUAUCUAUCUGUAAAAUAUAUUUUUUGGCUCUUCCUUCGAUGCCUCUUGGUAAUAGAGAUCUUGCAGUCAUGUGACCGGAAAGUACACAACCGCCGUCUUGUCGGUCAAAAACACCGCUGAAUACUGCUGCACUCGUGUACAGAAUGGAUCAAUUUCAACCGACGGACUACACGGCUCAUUUUUCUAAUGAACAGAUAACUAGAUAUAUGUCUAAAAUAAACAAUCUACAGAUUAGUGACCCUUAUGGCUUUCCGGACGGAGUUUUCAUGACCGGAUUUUGAACUGCCAGCGGAAUACCCGGACGUGUAUAAUUAUCUCAUUAACUUUCCCUCGCUGUUCAGUGGUGAAGCACUGCGUGCUUAUAAAUCUCUGGACAGUUAUCUUUACAGAAAUUCAGGAUUUGUCAGCGACUCAGAUGUGGCAUCUUGUAAACAAGAAUCCUCAUUGGAUGGGUAAGUCACUUAAGUAUUACUAGUACUGAUACUAGAUGCACUGACCAGCCGAUUAUAGAAUAGAAUAAGGUAAUUCCAAAUCGUCCGUCUUGUUUACAUGGAUCUGGCGUUGGAGAGGUAGAGGCUUAGCAGUGGAGAUUUGAGUGGCUGUUUUCUGAGCUUAGUCAACAGGUCGGCUCUGCAGCCUCGCUUUUGCUUCCGCUCCCGGCACCGCCUCCUUCGCUUUGCUUCCGAUAACAAUCCACGGAGACCCCGCUGGUCUCGCUAUCUCGUCCGGAAUGUUUUUUUUUUUUUUCUCGUCUGGAAUGUUGUGCAUGCGAUGGAAAUCACUACAAACCGUCAUUUUCUGCUGGAAACCAAUGUCCAGUAAGUCCAUACGGUUGUAGUGGAUAUUGAAGUCCGGUACAGACGAACAACACGCAAAAAUACACACAAAAAACAUAAAAAACGUGCACAGGUAGGGAGAGCUUGUAGCCGCAGCCGUUGUAGUAGAAUUGUAUAUAGUAGGGUUUUCCAGAAGAAAAGGUAGAAGUAAAAGCAGAAGUAGAACCAGAAGUAGAAGGCGGAAUAUGGCGUUUGACCGACAAGAUGGCGUCUGUCACAAUCUGGAUCGGCUGUGACGUCACAUGCAAGUGCUCCAUAGACCUAGUAGAGCCACCAUUGGGUCCAUUGUAAUAUUUCCACCAAAUACUUUAUUAAGUGUUUCAAACACUUCCUCCCAGAACGUUUCCAGUUUUGGGCAUAACCAAAGUAUGUGGAUCUGAUACCUUGGAUGCUUUCAGAAAAGUCCAGAUGUUCUUCAGAAACUGGUUUAAUGCCUCGAUAUCAGACACAAAGUCCCCCAGGUCAAUAAUCCGCAUCAUGAGUGCUAUAUGAGCAGCACAGAGAGGAAAGCCUGCAGGAGUGGGUUUAUAUCUCAUCCUUGGCUGCUUUUCCUUAUUUUCCUCAAAAUUUAAUCAGAUAUAACUUCAAUUUAAAAAAUAAUAAUAGUAAUAAUUAGUGACUAAUCAGCAACACAUCAUUCUCAAAUAUCAUUAAUUUGCUCCGUUGACUUUUCCAAAAUAAUGUUUGUAUCUGGAUUAAAUUAUUUAAUAAUAAUUUUAGAGACCAUUUGUUUAUCACGUACUCCUUUGCUUUAUUCCACAGCGUUCUUAGUUCUGGACUCUGAUUGGUCAGAAGGUGUUGAUUAAUUCUCUAUAACAGCAGAUCUGACAGUAGUGCAGGUCUAUAUUAAUGCACUUGUUCGAAUGCAUUAUUGUUUCAUGUAGUCAGUGAUGUGGUGAAGUUUUCUGUGAGGAGAAAUGUGUUUAUUUCUGUGUAACAGUCAGAAAUGAAGCUGUAACUUAAAUUUUUCCAACAGAGGAGUUUACACUGCUUGUGGUUUUUGGUAACAUGACAAACUGCAUUUGUUCUUUUUUUAUUAGCUUCAAGAGAGAAAAAAGUGAUGCUGCAUGCAGAGCAUUGGUGGAUGAGAUGGAAUGGGCCAUCGCCCAGGUCGACCCCAAGAAAAUGAUCAAAACUGGUUCAUUCAGGAUCAAUCCCGACGGCAGCCAGUCAACUAAAGACGUUCCGUUUGCGCGUUCAGAAGGCCAUCUCCUCGAGCUGAUGGAGGGUGUGUGUGAGAAGAUGAAGGAUUACGGUGAAACCUUGGAUCCUGCUACGAAUCGUAAGACAUACACGAGGUUCAUGGCACGUGAAGGCAGCCCCGCCGACAUUACUAACGUCUCGUACGAUUCGAGAGUCACGGCCAGCUUAAAGUUCGCUUGUGAAAUGAUCGUGGAGCAGAACGAGGAUGAAAUCAUUGAAUUCUUCGCUCAUGAAACGGACAACGUUAAAGACAAACUCUGCAGCAAGAGAACAGAUCUGUGUGACCACGCGCUGAAGAUACCUCACGAUGAGCUUUAACAUCACACUCAGUGAUAUUUGAAGAUCACAUCACAUGCAGUGGGAUUACAUUUGAGCUUGUAGCACAGAUUAAACGGAGACAUUUCAGAUUUAAUUGGAACAGGCUUCAGAUAUUCACUUGAUGUAUCUGAUUUUGUGGAGUGUGUGUGUGUGUGUGUUCAGCUUCAGCAUUGUAAACGCACAGCUCACACUGAUGCUGGUCUGAUCAUGAUGCUGAAACUGCCUUGAGGAGAACAUGUGACCAUCCACACACAGUUUACGCGCGUGUGUGUUUGUGUCAUGAGCCACAAAGCCGUCCUGAGGAAUUCCUUCUGUCUGAUCGACUGUCUGUUUUUCUGUCCAGUUGUCUAACAGCAUUAAAAUAGUCAUCAUAUGCAGGAUGUAAAACUCAUGUUUUGGUUUUAUUUUUAUUCCGUUAUUUAAGGUCACUCAUGUCUCCGUCCCUGUUUUGUGACACUUUUUUCCCAUCUGGAGCCACAAAUUUUGUAUAAAUUAAUGCUCUUGUGUUUCCUGUCUGACCUUUCUGUCACUUGUCUUUUUUGAUAAACAUGUUUUCACAAAGAA